CGUUCGAAUAAUCGACUGUAAUCGGCGUUUUAAUUUUUUAACAACGGAUCAAGUCAAAUAUUUAUAAUGACAGAGUUAAAAAAUAGAAUGUAUUCAAAAUUCCUAUACAUCACAAUUGUAGUUAUGAUGUACUGGACAGUAUCUAUAUUAACAGUAUUUAUAAACAAAGCUCUUUUAUCCAGCAGUAUUAUAAACUUGGACGCACCACUUUUUGUAACAUGGUGUCAAUGUAUAGUAAGUUUAAUUAUAUAUGCAACUUUUAGUAAUUUAUCAAAGUGUUUUCCAACAUAUAUUAAGUUUUCGAACGGAAAUCCAUAUAGUAAGGAAAUAUUUAGAAAGGUAUUACCAUUGUCUCUUUUAUUUACUGGAAUGAUUGCAACUAAUAAUUUAUGUUUAAAAUAUGUUGGUGUUGCGUUUUAUUACGUGGGACGUUCAUUAACAACAGUAUUUAAUGUUAUUUUCACAUAUCUCAUACUUGGUGAAAAGACUUCUAUAAAGUGUAUUGCAUGCUGUGGAUUUCUUGUGAUUGGAUUUUGGCUUGGUGUGGACCAGGAAAAUAUUGCAGGUUCUUUAUCUAUUGUAGGAACAAUUUUUGGUGUACUUGGGUCAUUAACACUUUCUCUGUAUUCCAUUCAUGUGAAGCAAGUUCUCCCUAAACUAAACCAAGACAUUUGGUUACUUUCUUAUUACAACAAUGCGUACAGUGUUAUUAUAUUUCUUCCAUUAAUGGUAGCAAAUGGAGAACACGUUGCAGUAUAUAAUUAUGAUAAAAUUGGAUCCUUGUCUUUUUGGACUGCUAUGACUAUUGGUGGUAUUUGUGGGUUUGCUAUUGGCUAUGUUACUGCGCUCCAAAUAAAAAUAACAUCCCCUUUGACGCAUAACAUUAGUGGAACUGCUAAAGCUUGUGCGCAAACAGUUUUGGCAACUUAUUGGUUCAAUGAAGAAAAAUCAUUUAUGUGGUGGACAAGUAAUGCAAUUGUGCUUAGUGCUAGUGCAAUGUAUGCCAGAUUAAGACAACUAGAUUUAAGCAAAGAAUACAGAGAGGAAAGAAAACAGUUAAAACUGUAAUAAAGUAUGAACGAGAGAAUGUAAAAAUAAAUAUGUACUUUUAUUUAAGUC